GGUCGCUCUCAGCCUCGCACCGCACCACGCAUCCUUUCUCCGCCUCCCUCCCUUCCUCACCCCCCUCGAUCUCUCCUCCCCUCCCUCUCCCUUCCACCAUCCCGCAACGACCCUGACCAUCGACGACCCAUGCGCCGCUAGCCAUGCAGCCAGACCCGGACCCCGCGUCGCGCCCGCGCCAGGAGGGCAGCCCGCCGCCCCCGCCGGACCCCAUGCCUACGGAGGAGGAGCAGGCGGCGCCCGAACCCAACCCGGAUGCGGAGGAGGCCAAGGACGCGCCUGCCGAGGAGGUGGAGGAGGCGGUGGACCAGGACGAGGAGGUCAAGGGACGGGAGGCGGGGGUCAAGGAUGGGGAGGAGCAGGAGGAGGAGAGGAGGGGCAGGGGGCGGAAGCGAGGGAGGCGGCCCGGCGCGCCCAGGGGGCUGGUCAUGGUGAAGCGGGAGCUGCUCGCGCGCUGCAUGACGUGCCCGCUCUGCAACCGCCUCCUCCGCGACGCCACCACCGUCUCCGAGUGCCUCCACACAUUUUGUAGAAAGUGUAUAUACAAGAAGUUUAAUGACGAGGAGGUAGAGUCCUGCCCAGUAUGUGACAUUGAUCUUGGCUGCACUCCAGUCGAGAAGCUUAGAGCUGACCACAGUCUGCAAGAUGUAAGAUCCAAAAUCUUCCCCUCCAAAAGAAAGAAGAUUAAGGUUGAAGAUGUUGCAUCUCCUGAUUCACCUCCUAAUAAAAGGAAAGAGAGAUCCAUCUCUUCAUUAGUGGUCCAUACACCUAGAUUAACACCGACAGGAUCGACUGGACGGCGGACAAAGGUAGUUACCAGGAAAGCUGCUGCUUCCUUGCAUAGCCUUGGUCCUACCGUUGACAAUCCUGUGAAAAAGGAAAACAGUGACAAGAGUGCUCAUAGCUCAAGCUUGCCUGCUAAUUUGGGCAAAGUGCCAAAAACAAAGAGACAGAUAUUGUCAAAUGCGGAGGAGGCAUCUAACUAUUCCAGCAAUAAAGAUACUGAAGAUGAUAGUAAGGACAUGGCAGAUAAUGCUGAGCUCUGGAGACCUUUAAAUUGUUUGGUCGAAGCUGCAAACAGGACAAAGUCCUUCAGGUCAAGUUUACAAGGUUCAGGUGUUAAAAGAGAGCAGCUUAAUGGUUCUCCCAGUACCACAAAUGGCAUCAAAACAAACCCAAAAGAGCAUCCGAAGAGACCCAAAACUGAGGAUGAUAAGAAAGAUGCUCCAGUUCCACCAGUGACGCUAAAAAGGAAACUUAAAGGGACUGGGCGGAGAAGGAGCGGACUUCGAGCUCCAGCCGAUGGGGAUCCUGAUGGCGCACUUACACAGAACGAAAAGAGAUUCAACUGCAUAUGGUUUUCGUUGGUUGCGUCACUCGAACAGAAAGGGGACUCACCUCUACCACAGAUACCUUCACACUAUUUGCGAAUAAAAGAUGCAAAUAUACCUGCUUCGUCUAUCCAAAAGUACCUCGUGCAGAAGCUCAGUCUCCCGAGUGAGUCCGAGGUGGAAAUAAAUUGCUGCGGGCAGCCAGUGAACCCUACACAACCUCUGCGCAAUUUAGUAGAGUUGUGGCUGAGGGGGCGAUCAGCACUGACAACACAGGCCAUUGUAGGCUCCCCCGCGGAAGAGUUUGUGAUGGUGCUAAAUUAUGGACGGCCAAAGCCCAUGGAACCUUUGAGUGCACAGUAAUGAUUCAACCCAUUUCCUUUCGAAAGGUCGGGUCUUUUCUGCCAUAGCCAGCCAUUUGCUGGGCCGAUGGAAGAGGUUGUCGAAAGAUGAAGUCCCCGUUGGUACACAACCUCGUGAUGUGGCUGGCUCCCUCGACAGCCAGCCCUCGGCGACAUAUUCAUGUAUUCAUUCAUGUUGGUAGGUGUUGUUGUUCUUCGAUUCCAUUAUGACAUAUUUUUUUCUUAUUUAUUAUACACCAAAGAUAGAUGAAAAAUGAUCUUUAGAUUGGAUAUAAAGAGAGGGAACAGUCUCAACCAUUGAUGCUUCUGAUUGUAAGAGGUGACUAUGACUAUGAGUGGAUUGAAAAUUGCCAUUUGGUUGUGUCAUGACUUGCUGUAGCACCACAUGUAUUUUAUUGGGUACUUGCACGGAUGCUAAAUUAAAUGCUGUUAUAAAGAUGUAGGGGGAAAUUGGUACUGGUGUUA